AUGAAACGUAUUACAUUACUAUUAGCUAUAAUUUACGUCGUUGCGGCACAAAUGACAUUCACCGAUAACUGGGACAAACGAACAUUACCAAAUUUAUUUCGAGGAUGGCAACGAGAUGAUCUGAUGAUUAAAGGGACAUGCAAUUGGGAUGUCAUUACCGAAAUUACCAGAGAAUUGAAGCAGAUCUAUAAAAGACAAAAUGAAUUAAUAAAUUUGAUUGACAGAUGUAGCACUAUACAACAUCCUGUAUUUGUUAAAGAAGGAUAG